GUCGUACAUAUUUUGUGUUGCCUGUCUCUUUAAGAGGUUAGACCCGUCUGGUGUUCUUCGGAACUCGUUGGUCCCACAACGUCCGCAGUUUAACAGCCAACUGACACGCAGCCGCGAGCCAGCUUUCCACUGACCAGCACUUUUUACCCCAUUGGGAAAGGUUGGCCAAAGUCAUGUUGGAUGUUAGCAAUGGCCCUCGUGCGACUACGACCCGUGCGUUUGACCCUUUUGUCACCAAGAGGAAGAUUUUCUCUUUGCGCAAAUAAAAUUGUCAAGUAUGGAGUCUCUGUGUCCCAGUCCUCCCAGCUUUUAGUCUUUGAUAAGACGGUUGUAAUUCAUAACUUCCCUCCUAAGUAUCUCCCUCUGACCAUCGCUGCGUGCCGACCGGCAUUCGCAACAUUAGCGCUCUCUACUUCUGCCAACUCUAUACGCUUACGUGCUUUUUCGACAAACCAGCACUUUCCAAGGAAAAGCCAGAACAGCCAGUCUCCCUUUAGAAAGAGAAAAGUAUCGUCUGUCCUGGAGGGUGAGACGCUUGCUAUGGGCAUGUGGUCACUUGGCCUUGGUGCCGUGGGGGCCGCCAUCGCCGGCUUAAUACUUGCUAACACUGACUUCUUGCUGACUAAACCAGCACCUGCUUCCGUAGAAUAUCUAGGGAACGCUGACCUCAAAACCAUAGACCAUGAUCAGAUUGCUUUAAAAGCGAAAACUCUCUGGGAGAGAUCCGGUGCGGUGAUCAUGGCCGUCCGGCGACCUGGAUGAUUUUUGUGCAGAGAGGAGGCCUCUGAGCUGUCCUCUCUGAAGCCCCAGCUGGAUGAGCUCGGGGUCCCUCUGUUUGCUGUUGUGAAGGAGAAUGUAGGUACAGAGAUUCAGGACUUCAGGCCUCACUUUGCAGGGGAGAUCUUCCUGGACGAAAAGCAAGCUUUUUAUGGGCCACAACAAAGGAAGAUGGGUGCGCUUGGUUUCAUUCGCUUGGGAGUCUGGCAAAACUUUAUAAGGGCCUGGAGGUCAGGUCACCAAGGCAACAUGAACGGAGAAGGUUUCAUCCUGGGAGGGGUGUUUGUCAUUGGAUCAGGUGAACAGGGGAUUCUUCUAGAGCACAGAGAAAAGGAGUUCGGAGAUAAAGUCAGCAUAGAGUCGGUUUUGGAGGCUGCUAAAAAGAUUGUGGUAGAAAAGUAGAUGAUGUGUAAGCGUGUCGGGUGCAGCAAUGCUGCCAGAUUUCAUUCAGAUAGAUUUAGGAAAGUUGUCUCUUGAUACAGAAUCACAACCCACCUCAUCACACUUCAUCUCUCCUACUAAUGCUGUGAAUAGAGAGAAAAGCUCAGGUUGUUGAAUUGUUAGCACUGACUGGUACUUUUAAGAGCUACGUAACGAUACCACAGAAUUGCAUGUGGCCUCGUUUUAAGUAUGUACAAAUGAGACUAAUGUUGCGUAAUUAAGUAAUAUUGUUUUUGCACUUUAGAAAUUGCUUGCCAUCAAUCGUAUUGUUGUUGUUCACCUUGCUGCGCUCCUUUGGUCGCCGGCUACCGCGCUGGUGGUUUUCCGUGGUAUGUGUGUUAAUGAAAGUCUGUUUCCAAACUCCAUGUUGAAAGAGCAGAUUUGAUGCAAACACAUGCUUACAAACCUGCUGGUAUCUGGUCGGUGGGCAGCCAAAGGUUCAGCUAGAGGUGGACACAAUGAACAAUAAACAUGCCAUCUCAAAACAUUCA